AAUAAGUUACCAACUGGCAUCUCUAUAGCUAGAGAAGCUAACAAGUUGGAAAAAUUGUUUUUAUACAAAAUACAGUACUAACAAACAAACAUGGUAUAUAUACAUUUUCCCACUAAUCUCACUGAGGAGGAAAAGAUGCUACAAGCCAAAUAUCAAAAGCUAAAAAAAAAGAAAAAGGCGCUACAAGCACAUAAGACACCAAAACCAGAGCCGGAAAGUGCACUUACGCUAAAGCGACCUACAGAUGCACGUGAUGCUAGAGAAGUGGCCCGCAAGUUGAUCAAAAGCGGGGCCAUACCUGCUAUACAAAAACAACAAACCAAACAGGACCAGACUUCUUUUAAGCGCCCCAAAGGGCAAGAGCGUGCCAAGCGUUCCACUUCUGAAACAAGCGUAUCUGCCUAUCAGCCUUUUUCAUCCACACAAAAUGAUGUUGCGCAAGAGACUAUUAUAAGCGAAAUAAUUAAGGAUGAGCCCCGUAGACAGAAUUUAUAUCAACAUUUUGCUACAGAGCGCGAUAGAGAAGAGCGCGAGCGCGGGAUAACAGAAAAGGUAACAUUGGAUACAGUGCAGCCAGAGAAACCGCGAGCGGGAAAUACUAUUUUCGUCUCUGGCAAUAAAGUUACAGAGGAGUUUCUUAAGAAAACUUUCAAUGACUACGGCACCAUUGUUAAUGUAUCCAUGGAAAUUGAAAAGAGUCGUGGCUUUGUGUCGUUUGCGAAGCCUGAGUCAGCAGAUCGUGCCAUAGCUGAGAUGCACGGCAAGAGUGUCAAUGGCAUAGUGUUGCAAGUGCAAUUGGCACGUCGCCAGCCACAGAUAGAACCUAUUAAUGAUGCUUCCUCCUCUGCUGUGUGGUCCUCCAUAGCCGCCAGCAAAUCACAAAAGGGCAGUCACAAGGAUCUGCGCCAAAUGGUGCAAUAUGAUGAUGAUUUUUUCUAAUAAAUAUACAAGUUACUUUAAAAUAGUAUUAAUUG